AUGACGACAUUCAACAGAACGUACAGUCACUAUGACUACACGAUCGCAUGGAUUUCUGCACUUCCCUUGGAAAUGGCGGCCGCGACUGCAAUGCUUGACGAGAGACAUCCUGACCUGCCCACUGACAUGAGUGAUAACAACACCUAUAUCUUCGGCAGUAUACACAGCCAUAACAUCGUUAUUGUAUGCCUUCCUGUCGGUGUGUAUGUUACAACAUCAGCUGCGACCAUCGCUAUUCCAUCACAAUUCGACAUCCGGCUUGGCGAUGUGGUAGUCAGCAAGCCAACGAGGGAUUAUGGUGGGAUCGUGCAGUAUGACUAUAGAAAGACUUUGAACAACAACCGUGCUGAAAGGGUCGGCAUGCUUAACAAACCACCGUCGGUGCUUUUGACGGCGAUCUCCAGAUUGCAGGCAGAGCAUUUGAUGAGGCCAAGCAAUAUCCCCACCAUACUAUCUGAUAUGGAUGUGUUGUUUGAGUCCGAUUACGACCAUAGCGACUUGGAUAGUACCUGCGCAAACUGCUGCAAUGAACCCAUGAUUCAUUAUGGCCUUAUUGCUUCUGCUAAUCAGGUGAUGAAGAAUGCUCGUAUAAGAGAUCGACUGGCGGAAGAGCUUGGGAUUCUCUGCUUCGAAAUGGAAUCAGCUGGUUUGAUGGAUACUUUUCCUUGCUUGGUAAUCCGAGGGAUCUGUGACUAUGCUGACUCUCAUAAGAGUAAGCAGUGGCAGGGGUAUACGGCUGCAACGGCGGCUGCUUAUACCAAAGAGCUUCUGUCCAUGAUCCACCCAAAGCAAGAACUGAACAGUCCAGCUCGUGGUGCUCGGGAAAGAUUGGUUCAGGGAAAACAAUAA